CCCAGCCCCAGCCGCCCAGACCGGCGAGACCAGCCUGCGGUAGCAGCCCCAUGGCGGAGCAGCUGGCCCUGGUGAUUGGGGGCACCGUCGGGGGGCUGCUGCUUCUGCUGCUGUUGAUCGGGGCAAGCUGCUGUCUGUGGAGAAGGUUCUGUGCCACCCUCACCUAUGAGGAGCUGCCUGGGACACCAGCCAUAGCCACCGCGGCUGCCUCCAGUGGGCAGUGGGACAGGCCCUGCCAGCCACAUGCUAGGACCGAACUGAGCAGGCCACCAGCUGUGCCAUUCGUGGUGCCCCCAACCCUUCAAGGCCGAGAUUGGGUGCCCCUGCACAGUGGAGAGUGGGCCCAUGCCCCAUGGGACCCCUGCCUGGCAUCAGAGCUGCUGCCUCACACCCCCAGCGGCGGCCUUGGAGAUGCAUGUAUUGUGGGGGCCAUCAACCCAGAGCUGUACAAGUUCCCAGAGGACAAAAGUGAGACCGACUUCCCCGACGGCUGCCUGGGGCGGCUGUGGUUCUCAGUGGAAUACGAGCAGGAGGCCGAGCGGCUGCUGGUGGGCUUGAUCAAGGCACAGCACCUGCAAGCCCCCUCGGAGACCUGCAGCCCCCUGGUGAAGCUCUACCUGCUGCCCGAUGAGCGGCGCUUCCUCCAGUCCAAGACCAAACGCAAAACCUCCAACCCGCAGUUUGACGAGCACUUCAUCUUUCAGGUGUCCAGCAAGACCGUCACCCAGAGGGUGCUGAAGUUCUCCGUCUACCACGUGGACAGGCAGAGGAAGCACCAGCUCCUGGGCCAGGUGCUCUUCCCCUUGAAGAAUGAGACCCUGGUGGGGGGCUGCCGGCGUGUCAUCUGGAGAGACCUGGAGGCCGAGAGCCUGGAGCCCCCCUCGGAGUUUGGCGACCUCCAGUUCUGCCUCAGCUACAACGACUACCUGAGCCGCCUGACGGUGGUUGUGCUGCGUGCCAAGGGCCUCCGGCUCCAGGAGGACAGAGGCAUUGUCAGUGUGUUUGUCAAAGUGUCUCUGAUGAACCACAACAAGUUUGUCAAGUGCAAGAAGACUUCAGCUGUGCUGGGCUCCAUCAACCCUGUGUACAAUGAGACCUUCAGCUUCAAGGCCGAUGCCACCGAGCUGGAUACCGCUAGCCUCAGCCUGACCGUGGUGCAGAACACGGAAGGGGACAAGAGCCAGCAGCUGGGCCGAGUGGUGGUGGGCCCCUACAUGUACACCCGCGGCAGAGAGCUGGAGCACUGGGACGAGAUGCUCAGCAAGCCCAAGGAGCUGGUGAAGCGCUGGCAUGCGCUCUGCCGCACCACGGAGCCCUGACCCUUCGCCCAGCACCGCGGUUCCGCUUUGGGAGCUGACCAUCCUCGCAGUUGCACGUGACAGCCACAGCCACGCUCAUGGACGUUUCAUCCAACAGCUCCCUGAGCUGCCAGGCCAGCCCGAGCCGGGAGGACGUGAGUGCUGAAGUGCAGGAGAGAAGAGGGGACAAAGAAGCCCUGGCCCAGUCAGUGACUCUGGCCAUACAGCCUUCCGUAACACUCCCUCCUCCUUACCUGCGGGGCUGCCUGGGCUCGGAAUCCCAGCUCCUGGUCCUCACAGCCCUGAUUUGUACCAGAAUCUCAGGUGCUCAGAAGAAAGAUCCUGUUUAGUGAUGACCCACCUCUACCUGCUGAAUGGACGUGCAGGGUAAACUUGGGGGCCUCCAUCUGGGAAAGGUGAUGAUGUAUUCAUGCAGUCGAUGACCCUCACUGCUUUUUCAGCCAGGGUUUCUCUGCCUUCUGCCUGGCAGAGAAAACACACUGCUAUGGGGAAAAUCACAGGGAGGGCGCUGUGACCAGCACGCCCAGGCACCAAGUGUCGGCAUGGCUCACUGUGCUGAGUGGAGGCCUCCCUGAGCAUUAGGUCCUCCACGGGGAUGUGUCAAAUGCCCUCCCACAUUGUGUCAAGUCUGCCCAUGGCCCACCCUCCCCCCGGUCCAAAACCACACAGCCCUGGUUCUCCAGCUGUUCUGCUGCUGUUUCUAUGCUCUCCCUGAUUAACAGCAUUCAGUUCCUGGGCUCUCCCUUUGAGCAGGAAAUGGUGAAAGCAUGUGGCUACGGUAUAGCCCACAGGGCUGAGAUUGCUGUGUUGCAGUAUUGAUGUAAAAUUUGUUAAGAAGGAAAUACCCACAAAUCACUGCCAUCAACUCCCCAGAAGUUGCACUCAAGCUAGUGAGCAGCCCUUGUGCUUGUCACAGUUACCGUAACAGGCAGUGUGUAUUUGCACCUGGUACCGUGCAGCCUACAUGUCAACACAUUGUUUUGCAUAACUAGAACAGUACAUGGAACCACUGUCUCUUUCUCGUUUUUCCUUCUUUUUCUUUUUUUAUUUUAUUUUAUUUUUUUGAGACAGAAUUUCCCUCUUGUCACCCAGGCUGGAGUGCAAUGGCGUGAUCUCGGCUCACUGCAACCUCUGCCUCCCAGGUUCAAGCGAUUCUCCUGCCUCAGCCUCCCAAGUAGCUGGGAUUACUGGCGCCCGCCACCAUGCCUGGCUAAUUUUUUUUAUUUUUAGUAGAGACGGAAUUUUACCAUGUUGUCUAGGCUGGUCUCAAAUUCCUGGCCUCAGGUGAUCCACCUGCCUCAGCCUCCCAAAGUGCUGGGAUUACAGGCAUGAGUCACUGCACCUGGCCCGACCAGUAUCUUUUUCUUAUGCAGUGAAACAACUUUAGCAAAAGAGGCAAUGAAUGUUAUACUGAGUUUGUACCUCUUUAACUCCACCUCCAAUUUCUGUCAAUCUACAAAUACAAGUGUCGCCUGGCAGUGUUUCAUAUGGACAGAAUAUCUUGUGUUUGCUUUUGUCACUUAUUUCACUUGCACGUUUUCUUUUUUUUUGUUUCGUUUUGGUUUUUUUGUUGUUGUUGUUGUUUUUUGAGACGGAGUCUCGCUCUGUCGCCCAGGCUGGACUGCAGUGGCAUGCUCUAGGCUUACUGCAAGCUCCGCCUCCCAGGUUUACUUACGCCAUUGUCCUGCCUCAGCCUCCCGAGUAGCUGGGACUACAGGCGCCCACCACCACGCCCCACUAAUUUUUUUGUAUUUUCAAGUGGAGACGGGGUUUCACUGUGUUAGCCAGGAUGGUCUCGAUCUCCUGACCUCAGGAUCUACCCGCCUCGGCCUCCCAAAGUGCUGGGAUUACAGGCGUGAGCCACCACGCCCGACCCACUUGCACAUUUUCAAAGUAGUCCACAAAGCUGUAGUUUCUAAUAGCUUCAUAGCACACAUGUAAUAGGAGUUCUCUGUAUGUUUAUAGAGCAGGCUACUACAGUGGAACUGUUUCUGUUUCAUCUGACAUCCUGAUAGAUGCCAGCCACCCCCACAUUCCAAGGUGAGAUUUCUGACUAGCAGUGACUUUUCUAGGGCCACUUGGAAAAGUUGAUAAGUAUCCUUUUCUGCAGGACAGAGUAGGCUGGUAUCUCUGACUCAUCCCUGAAAAAUCUAAAUGGCAAGAGACUCGCUGGCUCUGUGCUCUGAUGGGGAGGAGGUUGUUGUUUGGGCUCUUCUCUACAGACACAGUCAGGGCAAAAAGCAUAUGCGUGCUUCCCAUGGGCCAGAGAGACCUGGCCUGGGUUGUCUCAAAUCCUGUCCACAAGGCAACUACAGAAGAAAGAAGCCCUUUACAUUUCCAUAAAACACUUUAGAAUCAGCUAGUCAAUUUCCACAAAAUAAAGUGCUAGAAUUUGAUUGGAUUUAAUUGAUUAUGUAGAACAAUUUGGGGGCCAUUUGACAUCAUUAAAAUAUUCAAUCUUCGUAUUCAUUAACAUGGUAUAUCUCUUCACUUUAAGUCUUUUGUAUGUUUCUUAGAACUAUUUUUGUGGUUUUCAGUAAAGUGUUCUUGCACAUCCUUCAAUAGAUUUAUUCUUAGGCGUUUUAUACUUGUUUAUGGCUAGUAUAUACAGAUUCUGUUGCUACAAAACUAUGUUGACCUUGUUAUCCAGUGAGUGGCCUUAUGACAUUCAUUUAAAUUAUAAUAAUUUGCAGAUUAUUUUUGUAUAAUCAUGUCCUCUGUGAAUGACAGUUUUAUUUCUUCCUUCCUUAAUCUUUAUGCCUUAUUUAGCUCUUGCCAAACUGCAGCGGCUGAGCAAUUGGACAAGAAAAAGAAAUAAAAGAGAUCCAGAUCAUAAAGAAAGAAGAAAAACUAUAUCUGCACAUGACAUAAUCUUGUCUAUGGAAAAUCCUAAGGAAUCCACACACAAAAAAACUACUAGAGCUAAUAAAUUCGGCAAGGUUGCAAGUUAUAAAAUUGGUAUACAGAUUGCAGUGGCUAGGACCUCCAGCAGAAUGCUGACUAUAAGUAGUGAUAGUGGGUAUUCUUGUCUCAUUCUCAAUCUCAGGGGUGGUGGGUGUGGCAUGGGGAGAGUUGUCAAUAUUCACCAUGAAGUUUGAUGGCUGUUAUAGGAUUUUUAAUAUACUCAUUAACAUAUAUUCUCGAGCUGUUAAAAAGAUUUUUUUUAAAUCGCAAAUGAGGUUAAAUUUCCCUCAAAUACUUACUCUGCACCUUUUGAAAUAAUUUUCUUUUUCUCCUUUAUUCUUUGGAUGUGAUGACUUAUACUAAUUGACUGUUGAAUGUCAAACCAAACUCACAUUCUUGUAAUAGAAACCAGCGGGGUGUGUACGCGUUUAUGUGUGUGUGCAGGUUUAUACACACAAACACAAUAAUACUUGGACCUAUUCAUUUAAAAUUUAGAUUUAUUAGAGGGAGCAUGGCCAUAAAAUAAAAUAAAAUAAAAUUUAGAUUUAAGUUGAGCUCAGUGGCUCACAUCUAUUAUCCUAGAACUUUGGAAGGCCAAGGCAGGUAGAUUGUCUGAGCUCAGGAAUUUGAGACCAACGUAGUGAAACUCGAUCUCUACAAAACCACAAAAAUUAGCCAGGUAUGGUGUCACAUGCCUGUUGUCCCAGCUACUUGGAGGGCUGGGGCAGGAGUAUUGCAUGAGCCCAGGAGGUUAAGGCUGAAGUGAGUCAUGUUCACGCCACUGCACUACAGCCUGGAUAACAAAGCGAGACUCUGUCUCCAAAAAUAAAAUAAGUAAGUAAAUAAAUAAAUAAAUAAAAUUUAGGUUAAUUUGCUGUUAUAUUUUUCAGGAUUUUUGCAGCUAUGUUUAUGACAGACUUUCCUAUAAUAUUCUUAUCAUAAUGUUCU